CCAACGUUGCUCAAGGACCUUCCGGAAACAGUGAAUGCGUGAGUGCUACUGUCUUGCACCCUAUAAAAGCCUGGACCCAACGAGGGUUAGGAACAUAGUCUUGGCAUCCUUCGCUGAGUACAUAGUAAGAUCUUACUCUCAACAUGAAGCAGAUCUCUAUGGUUGCGGUCCUGGUGGUGGCCCUGGCAUGCCUGGUGAGCUGGAGCAGCGCCAUGCCUGAGCCCGACCCUGUAGCUGACCCUGACCCCGUGGCUGACCCCGGCUACCGUCGCUUCGGUGGAUUGGGAUAUGGUGGAUACGGUUUGGGUGGACUUGGAUACGGAUACGGAGGUCGUGGCUACGGAUACGGGGGCUUUGGAUACGGAGGAUAUCGUGGCGGAUUCUACGGAUGAAGAUGCUAGAUAUGACUACGGAGAUCUGUAGAUUUUUGGACAUGAGAAUGCUUCCUUAUUUUCUGUUUUCUUUUCUGUUUCUUCUGAAAUAAACUUUAUGAUCGAAGUA